AUGAAGGUGACCACCAUCUCUUCUGCUCAAAGGGAUGACAAGUAUGAGGCACCAAACGGGAAUCAGAAGCCUGUGGAAAUUGGUGUUAGGCAUCUGAUUGCUAAGAGGCCAAUCUUGGUCUCCCUUGCUUGUCAACUAGGGUUAUGGAUCAAGAAAAUUGGAGGUGUCAGUUGGUGUUUGGCUGGAUAUGUUAUUAUGCUCACAAUGGGUUUUUGA